UCCAUAAUCCCUUUUCAACCAUGGCAGCCUCUCUCUCCCUCCAACUUCACUCGUUCCCUCCAAAUCUCACAUCACCUUCGCCAUCCUCCAACACCAAAAUCACCUUCCAACUCUUCAACUUCAAACCACCACUCCCAAAGAAACCCCACCACACAACAGAGCCGUCCCAAUUCCCCACCACCAAGAACCACCGCCAUCACCAUCACCACCACUACAAGAAGCUGAAAUAUUUCAAAGAGAAAGAUGCAUUUCCAUCCUCCUUACCCAUCCACACAAAAAAUCCACGCUCCAUCUACAAAGACAUCAAACGAUUCGCGCGCCAAGACAAACUCAAAGAAGCACUUACCAUUCUCGAUUACGUUGACCAACAGGGAAUCCCUGUCAACGCCACCACUUUCUCCGUUCUCAUCACCGCCUGCAUUCGCACCAAGUCGCUACAACAUGGUAGAGAAGUCCACGUCCAUAUCCGAAUCAACGGCUUCGAAAACAACGAAUUUUUGCGAACGAAGCUUGUUCACAUGUACACCUCUUGCGGCGCUUUGGAAGAAGCCAAACAAAUCUUUAACGAGUUACCCUGUAACAGUGUGUACCCAUGGAAUGCGUUGUUAAGAGGGUCUGUGAUUGCGGGUAGAAAGCACUACCUUGAUGUGCUUAAAGCUUAUACUGAGAUGAGGGCAUUGGGUGUUAAGUUAAAUGUGUAUACUUUCACCACUGUGAUUAAGAGUUUCGCCGGUGCACCUGCCCUUUUCCAGGGCCUCAAAGCUCAUGGGUUGUUGAUCAAGAAUGGUUUGGUUGAUAGUUCAAUUAUUAGGACAAGUUUGAUUGAUUUAUACUUCAAGUGUGGGAGGAUCAAUCUUGCGCGCCGCGUGUUUGACGAAAUUCCCAGCAGGGAUGUUGUGGUUUGGGGAGCAAUGGUGGCGGAUUUUGUGCAUAACAGGCUGCAGAGGGAGGCGUUGGAAUAUGUGAGGUGGAUGGUGGAGGAAGGAGUGGAGGUUAACUCGGUUGUGGUGAUGUCAGUUCUUCCUACAAGGGUCAUGUGAGGUUGAUUUAUUGAUAUGGAUUAUGAGUAUUUUGUUUUAAAUUAAAUUUUGUUAUGUUUAUGGCUUAUGGGGUUAUCUCAUUUUUUAUUUUAUUGUUUUUUAACAAAAACAUGAUCAUAUCAAAUGAGUGUCAUAUGCACACAAAUAAGAUUAUAGAAAAAAAAAUGAAAAAGU